UAAAAUGGCGGUCACAACUGCCAGUUCUCGACCUGGGGGUCCACCAGAGUAUGUUGUCAUACGUGAACAAGACACUGAAGAAUUUACAGACGAAGAUUUUGAAAUGGAGUUAGAUAGAGCAUUAGAUGUGCAUGCUGAAUUCAUUGUAAUUGAACCUAGAAAUCUUGGUGAUGAAACGGCAAGAUGGAUUAAAGUAGGAAACUGUUUACAUAAAACAUCAGUAGUUACAGGCUUUGUGAGUGGAGUUGUACAGUACAUGGAUAGCUCUAGGAACUUUGUUAUAAUAUCAUGUGGAGUUCUUAGUGUAUUUUGUGCCAGUAUCUAUGCAGUGUCAUGGCAGUAUGACCCGUGUUGCAAGUAUCAAGUGGAAGACAAUUUACCAAAACUAGAGAAAAUUCUUGGUAGUCUUAGCACAGUUACACCUGUAGUUCUGGUACGCAGAGACGACACACGCAGGAAAAAACUACACAAUAUCAUUGCGAUAAUAUCGGGAAUAAUUUGUGCUUACAGAUUUUAUAAGUGGAUUAAAUCUUAAUGUUGAGUUACCAUAGCAACCAUUUUAAUUAAUCACAAACAGGUUUUGAUAAUUGAAUGUUCAACUGGAAGUGCCUUUAAACAAUAAUGAAGAUAGUGUGUACAAGCACAAAUGAGCCGCGCCAUGGGAAAACCAACAUAGUGGGUAUGCGACCAGCAUGGAUCCAGACCAGCCUGGGCAUCCGCGCAGUCUGGUCAGGAUCCAUGCUGUUCGCUAACGGUUUCUCUAAUUCCGAUAGGCUUUGAUAGCGAACAGCAUGGAUCCUGACCAGACUGCGUGGAUGCGCAGGCUGGUCUGGAUCCAUGCUGGUCGCAAAGCCACUAUGUUGGUUUUCUCAUGGCACGGCUCAAAUAGUUAUUCUGACUGAUAACUGCAACGUUGUUUCAGCAAACUCAUGUUUAACAUGUCAGAAUUUAUGUAAUGUUGUCAAAGCUGACAUGUUCUUUGUUCUUUAAUUCAGUUGAGUUUGCAUGUACAGUGGAAUUGUGUGUAGUGGAAUGUGUAUGUGUAAAUGCAAUAAGCUUUCUUUUUGUCUAUAUAGAUCUGUAUUUUGUAUAAGUUUCAGUUAGUGAAGAAAAAGUUGUUGGGUUAUCAUACUGUUUAACUAUUGCAUAUUCUAUGUUUGUUUGUUACAUUCUCUCAUAAUUGAAUCUGACCUUUCUCACAAAGGUGAUAGCCAUAUUUAUUAAUCCCCCACCACAAGUGGUGGGGGGUUAUAGGAAUGGUCUCCGUCCUUCCUUCCGUCCGUCUGUCCGUAACACUUUCAUGUCCGCUCCAUAUCUCCUAAACCCCUUGAAGGAUUUUCAUGAAACUGGGUCAGAUGAUCACCUCAUCAAGACGAUGUGCAGAACCCAUGAGUCAGCCUUGUCGGGUCAAGGUCACAACUCAAGGUCAAAGGUUUGAGCCUUCCAUUUUGUGUCCGCUCUAUACCUCCUAAACCCCUUGAAGGAAUUUUAUAAAACUUUGGUCAAAUGAUCACCUCAUCAAGACGAUGUGCAGAACCCAUGAGUCAGCCAUGCUGGCUCAAGGUCAAGGUCACAACUUAGGGUGAAAGGUUUGAGCCUUCCAUUUUGUGUCUGCUCUAUAUCUCCUAAAUCCCUUGAAGGAUUUUCAUCAAACUUGGGUCAAACCAUCACCUCAUCAAGGCGAUGUGCAGAACUUAUGAGUCAACCAUGCCGGCUUAAGGUCAAGGUCACAACUGAAGGUCAGAAGUUUGAGCCUUCCAUUUUGUGUCCGCUUUAUAUCUCCUAAACCCCUUGAAGGAAUUUUAUAAAAUUUGGGUCAAAUGAUCACCUCAUCAAACCGAUGUGCAGAACUUAUGAGUCAGCCAUGCCAGCUCAAGGUCAAGGUCACAACUUGGGGUCAAAGGUUUGAGCCUUCCAUUUUGUGUCCACUCUGUAUCCUAAACCCCUUGAAGGAUUUUCAUCAAACUUGGGUCAAAUGAUCACCUCAUCAAGAACUCAUGAGUCAGCCAUGUCAACUCGAGGUCAAGGUCACAACUGAAGGUCAGAGAUUUGAGCUCUGUAUCUCCUAAACCCCUUGAAGGAUUUUCAUGAAACUUGGGUCAAAUGAUCACCUCAUCAAGACGUUGUGCAGAAUUCAUGAGUCAGCCAUGUCAGUUCAAGGUCAAGGUCACAGCUAAAGGUCAAAGGUGCACCCUUUCACUAUCCAUAGCAGUGGCAGGGAAUUUAGCUGUCUUUCAGACUGCCUUGUUAUUGUUACAUAACGCAUUUUUAAAGUCUGUUAAGUUUCAGUAGCACCUCAGUUUUUCAUCUUGAAACAAAUCUUAAUAACCUUUGAUCAUUGAAGGGCAGUACGUGGUAUUUAAAAUAUGGUUCUAUUAGUAGUGCACUCAGCAUUUUGUUAACCAGGUUUUCAAUGAAAACCUGAGUUAUUAGAUUGGGGUAUGUCGUUGGUCGGGCGGGCGGUGUUUCCGGUCAAUAACUUUUGUUUCGGUAAAGAUAUUUGAAUAAAACUUGGUAUGUAUGUAGCUUAUAUCAAGACAAAGGCUGGGAUUGAUUUUGGGGUUUCUGGGGUCAAGGUCAAGGUCACUGUUACUUAAAAUAGAAAAAGGGUUUCUGGUCAAUAACUUAUGUUUCGGUAAAGAUAUUUAAAUAAAACUUGGUAUGUAUGUAGCUUAUAUCAAGACAAAGGCUGGGAUUGAUUUUGGGGUUUCUGGGGUCAAGGUCAAGGUCACUGUUACUUAAAAUAGAAAAAGGGUUUCCGGUCAAUAACUUAACUUAGGAAUGAGCUAUCAUGAUGAAACUUGGUGUAUAGAAAACUUAUAUAAAGUUGUAGCUUGGGAUUGAUUUUGGGGUUUCUGGGAUCAGGGUCAAGGUCAUUGUUACUAAAAAUAGGGUUAGGGUUUGGUUAGGGUUAGGAUUAGGGUUAGGGUUGUGCUUUAAAGUGGUGCACUGUGAUUCAGUAUACUUUUUUAUUCUUAUGAAAAGUGUUGAAAACCUGGUUUCGUGGCAUUGCCGCGUUUCUUGUUUUACCUUUGGUAGAAAAGUCGUUUUAAAUCAUUCUAUAAUUCUGUUUAUAUUGUAAGAAUGUCAACAUCAAUAUAACUAUUAACAUAUAUGGUACCUUACUUGGAAUAUUAAACUAAGUCAGUUUAAUUCAGGUUAUUUUUAUGGAGAACUUUGCAUAUUAAAGUAUGCAGGUUGAAUAAAAAUCAACACUU